AUGUUCCUGUCCUUGGUCCUUGAGCUGAGAUCUGCGAAGAUGGAUCGCUACGGCACGGCCGCGCACCAGGCCAUCGUCUCCAGCGUGACAGCCUGCAGCGAGACCUGCGGUCUCGGCGAGCGACGCCGUGAACGCAGCAUUGCACAUGAGGACCAGACCAGCGCUCAAGAUUUCACAGGUCCAACGCAACCUGGCCACACGGGCCAUGCGUCUCCCGUCCUCACCGACGUGGUGGCCGCGGCGGCGGUGGCUACGAACCAGCACAAGGAGGCCCUUGUGGCUGCGAGCGGCGAUUCGGACUCGGAGGGUGGUGGAGGAAGCCUGAAGCACAGCAACCUCAUCGGCAAGAUCCCUGCGGAGUUCAUGACGAUGGCUGGUGCUUUCCUGCUGGAGCGGGAUGCGAAGGAGCUCACGCCCACGAUGCGAUGGGGCAAGCUGGUAUUUGGCCUGGAGAACCCGCAGGACAAGCCGCACGAGAUCAAGGCCCUGUCCUUGAAGGUCUACGACCAGUGGUCCAACUGCGAGCCGGAUGUCGAAGGCGUCACACGCGACGUGCUGCGCUGCAACUCCGUGCUGAAGGAGGAGGCCAUGCGAGUCAACACCAGGCUGAUAGACGGCCGAUCCUGCAUGCAGCCCUUCAUCAUGCACCCGGACACCGCCUUCAAGGCAAUCUGGACCUGCUUUGGUGUGGGCUUCAUCUGCUGGGAUCUUCUGACAGUGCCCCUGGCACUCUUCGAGGUUGGCAGUGCCAUGCAGGCCAUGAUCGAAAUGAUGAGCUAUGCCUCCUUCGGCUUUUGGGUCAUCGACCUGCUUUUGAACUUCGUGACCGGCAUGGAGAUGCCCUACGGCUUGGAGUUCCGCCCCAAGAGGAUCGCUAUCAAUUACCUGAAGUCUUGGUUCCUGCCCGACCUGGUCAUUGUCCUGGUGGAUGUGGGCUUGAAGGUCACCGAACUGGUGGCAGCGAACUCUUCAGACUCGCUCAGCUAUGUGCGGCUGCUGCGGGUGCUGCGUUUCCUGCGAUUUAUCCGGCUGCUUCGCAUCUCGAAGGUGGCAACAGCGGCUGAGAUCUUCUACCGUCACGUCAAGUCCCCGUUGCUGUGGCUGCUCAUGAAGAUCGCGAAUGGCUUGGUGCUGAUCCUAAUGGUGAACCACUACCUUGCGAUCGCCUUCGUGGCUAUCGGGCUCGCGCACCAGGAGUCAGGGACAUCCAACUGGAUUCGGUUCUACGAGCUGACCGAAACCUCAUUCUGGGAUCAGUACCUGACGAGCCUGCACUGGUCUCUCACGCAGUUUAUGCCGGCGACCAACAACAUUGGGCCGGUUUCUGGCGACGAGCGCGUGUUUGCCAUUUUUGUGGUCAUCGUGGCCUUGGCCAUCUUCUCCUCCUUCGUCAGCUCGAUUACGACGGCUGUGACUGCUCUUAGAGCAGUGAAGGAGUCGAAGGCCAGGGCAGAAGCUCAGAUCCGACAGUUCUUUACUGAAAGGGAUCUCUCUGCCGAGCUCUUGACGCAUGUCAGGCAGUGCUACACGAAGAAGGGCACGUCCUCCUACCGACUGGUGGAGACCGACCUGCACAUGCUCCACGAUCUUCCAGAGAAGACCCGCAUGCGGCUGCACAAGGAGAUGUUCUGGAACACCCUUACGGAGAUCACUUGGAUGCCCAACAACUUGAAGAUGCAAGGGAAUCUGCUCCUGGACCUGAUUUGCCAUCUGGCUUUUCGCGAGCGCCUCUGUACUCCUCACGACGAUGUCUUCCUCCCGGACCAGGUGAGCCACGGCCUCUACAUCACGAAGUCCAAGGACAUGGUGUACCAGCCCUCUGGAAAGUCGGAGGCGGAGGACCGAGUUCAUCUCCACGCUGAGACCCGUCUCUCGGAAAUCGGCCUCUGGGCGAGGUGGACGCAUCGUGGGCAACUUACAUCUCAAGCGACGUGCCACUAUUUCGGUGUGGACGCGGCCAUCUUCGCCAAUCUCGUCUUGGAAAGGGGCGGCGACAUCUUCCGCUACUUCCAAGUUUUCGGCUUCCUCCUCGUGGCCCACGUCGAGGAGGUCGGCGACGAGUCCGGCUGGGGCGAUCUACCCGUGGAUGAGGCCAAGCUGGAAGAUCUCAUCGUCCGGGCUAAGUCCUUCAACGCGCUGUCCAAGAACGAAAAGAACGACAGCAUCACCGGCAUGUGGAUGAAUCACGAGCGAGGCAACCGCGUGACUCACCGCCACAGUCACACCUCCUCCACUGGAAUGACCACGUCCACCAAGAGCCUGGUCGCGUGA